AUGAGCAUAAUAGAUGAAUAUGACCUAGAUAUGUACAAAAACAUUGUGAUGACUAAUAAUUGUAAAGAUGAGGAGUUACUAUGCAUAUUCAAUACUUCCAGCUUUUUAAACACUCUUUGUUUUUUGCUUUUUUUUAUUAUGUUCUUAUGGUUUAUAUCAAUUUUGUCAAGAUUUUAUGCAUCUUAUAAUAUUAUGAAAUAUCUAAAAAAUAGAAAGGCAAUUUAUAUGAAAAACAUGUCAAGAUAUAUAAACGAAAUUAAAAUGUUAUGUAGAAGUCAUGUAAAUGAUAUAAUAAGAAUUAAAAAAAAAAUUACUCCAAAAAGUGUAGAUAAAAUAAAUUUGAAUAUAAGUAUAAAAAAUAAUAUACAACUGUAUAAAAAUUAUUUAAGUUCUAGUUGCAAUGAUUUAAAUCAACUAUAUAAAUAUUCUAUUUCCUUCACCUUUUCUUCAAAAAAUUCCAUAUAUAUUAGAUUAUUUUGGGGAGUUCUAUUAAAAGAAGUAAAUGAUAUUAUUCAUAAUAAAAUAGAAUCAAAUAAGAAAUCUAUAAAUGGGCAAAGCACUGUUAUAUGCAUAGAUAAUUUUAAAAAUUUUUUUAAGGAUGGAUUUAGCAAAACAAUACCAAAUAAACAAACUUCCGAUGCGACUACCUUAUUAUUAGAUAAAAAAAAAAAUGACUAUUACGUAGAUCCUCAAGAAGAUAAUAUGAUUGAUUUCAAUUCAUGUUUUUAUAAAACACCUAAAUCCUUUUUUAGUAAUGGUAAUAAUGUUACAUAUACUAUGCCUUAUGAUGAAAAUUUUUGUGUAACAGAAAUCUUAAAUGAAAUAGAAGUUGAAAAGAGUAAUAUGAUUAAAAAAAAAGAAAAAGAGGAGAAUGAAGAAAAAAAAAAACAAAAAAAAAAUAAGGUUGACAUUAAAGAAAAUAAAAUGAUGAAUAAUGAAGAAAAUAUUAGAAUACCUCUAAUAAUUGUUUUAAAUGAUAUUCCAUCUAAUGAUCAAUAUAAUGUAAAUAAAGCUUCUAGCAAAAAAUCAAAAAAAAAUGAUAAUUGUAAUACAUUAAUUGUUUUAGUAGACUUUAAAAAAAUAAAGGAUAAAUACAAACCUUUCAUAAUAAAAGAUAUAUGUGUAUUAAAUCAAAGUGUUUCUUUGCAAAAAUCAAAAAAAAAAUGUAAUAUUUUUCAAUUUAUUGAUAUAUUAGAUAUAUAUGGUCAUGAAGAGCACGAUAAAGAAUGUUUAAUUUGCAUGACAUCUUAUAAAGAUACCUUAUUAAUGCCUUGUCGUCAUUCCUCAUUUUGUUAUGAUUGCAUGAAAUCAUUAAGACAAGAAAAAUGCCCAAUAUGUAGAUGCCUCUUUACCUCAUUUAUUAAGUUUCCAUUAAAAAAUUUAGAUAAAACAGAAGUAACUUAA